UGCAAGCAAGUUACUCACUUGCAUGUGUUCCAACGCUUCCUUCCAAUCUCCAAAAAUCAUUCUCAGUGGACGAUCAAUCUACUGUUGGAGUGCACCGCGAGGAUCAACUCGGGCAUCCCCCAGAUACACUGGCAGAAACCUGGAGGAAGCGAUUUCCAGUCUUGUUUUGGAAUCGGAUCACACGCAUGGGCCAGAUAAGGACCAUUACGUCAACGAAGUUCAAUGACAAUUGACCAGCCCGCACACCGAAUCAAGCGGGAGGCCCGGCAGAAAUCCCUGUCACAGUCCGUCAUCAUAUUUGAUUGGGCUUCACACUCAAGCUCAAGUCCGUUGCUAUCAAGCCCUCGGAAUCAAGGAGCGAUACUUACUUCCCUUCGCUCAAAAUAACACCUGUGACUAUUUUGGGCACCGUGGGCCGCCCUACCGUAGAAAAUGAUAGACAGCUCGAAUCUGGUCCUUCGAGAACGCACGAGCGAGAAGAUGCACAUUGCGCCGACCUUCCUCCGGAUCCCCGAAGCUUCCUGGCGUGCUCCAGCCCUUUCCUCUAUUCCACCUCACCCCCGGCGAUGUCGCUAUACAAAGAGUCAGAGUCGAACGGGCACACGAGUCCCUCUCCUGAAUCGCCGGAUGGACUGAGUAGGGGCAACGAUGGAACGAAGCGGAAUCUGCGGCCCCGACAUAUACAACUCAUCUCCAUGGGCGGGGCGGUCGGCACGAUCAUGUUUGUGCAGAUCGGGUCCGCGUUAUCGAUCGGCGGACCCGGGAGCCUCUUCGUAGCGUUUCUGCUCUGGUCGACGGUCCUGCUGGCGGUCAACACCUGCCUCGCGGAGAUGGUCUGCUGGCUCCCGAUCUCCUCCCCGUUCGUCGGUUUCGCCGACCGUUUCGUCGACGAGGCCCUCGGCGUCGUGAGCGGGCUGAACUUCUUCAUCUAUAUUGCUAUCGGCAUUCCUUUCGAGAUGACGGCUGCGAACCUCAUGCUUCAGUUCUGGACAGACAGAAUCCCAGUGGCCGCUGUCAUAGUGUUUAUGAUUGUCGCAUAUGCGGCCUUCAACGUAUUCGCUGUGCGGCUUUAUGGCGAGGUGGAGUUUUGGCUGGCGAUUGGGAAGAUCGUCCUGGCUGUGGGACUUUUGCUGUUCACGCUGGUGGUCGCUCUAGGGGGCAAUCCUCAACACGAUCGAUUUGGAUUCAGAAAUUGGGAUAGCUCGAAAGUCUCGGGCGCGCCAUUUGUCCCGUACGUGUUUCCUGGCGCUACCGGUCGCUUCAUCGGGUUUCUGAGCUGUCUUGUGGAAGCUGCGUUUACCAUGCAGGGACCCGAGUACAUCGCAAUGACCGCAGGCGAAGCCGCGCAACCCCGUCGCACGAUGUAUCGCAGCUUCUCCUCCAUCACAUUCCGCCUGGUCGUCUUCUUCGUUUUCGGCACACUGUCCGUCGGGGUCCUCGUUCCGCACUCCGACCCUGCCCUACUCGGCGCCUCCGGACACGUCAAACGGGGUUCGGGUACGUCGCCAUACGUCAUCGCAAUGACGCGCCUGCGCAUUCCCGUUUUGCCGCAUGUGGUGAACGCGCUCGUUCUGCUGUCCAUAUUCUCCGCAGGGAACAGCUACGUAUAUACGGCAAGUAGAACGCUGUAUGGGAUGGCGCUGGAAGGACAGGUACCCCGUGUUUUCGCCCGCUGCAGCAAGAGAGGUGUCCCGAUAUAUGCGGUGGGGGCUUCGAUGUUGUUUUCUUCGCUGGCGUUCCUGCAGCUGAAUAGAGAAAGCGCUGUCAUCUUGCAGUGGAUCUCUCUCAUUGCCACCGUUGGCCUGAUGAUCAACUAUGCCCUAAUCUCGCUCACAUAUCUGCGUUUCAGAGCCGCCCUCGCUGAACAAAAUGUGCCUCGCUCAACUCUGCCGUGGGUCGGUCGACUGCAGCCAUUCUGCGGCUAUUAUGCCCUCAUUACAUGCACAACAAUGAUAUUCCUCUCUGGAUACGCCGUCUUCCUCCCCGGUCACUGGAGCGUCACCACAUUCGUUUUUUCUUACGUCUUGAUUUUGAUCUUGCCUUUGGUCUUUCUUACGUGGAAAUUUACUAAACGGACCAAGUUGCGAAAGGUGUCCGAGAUCGAUUUAUUCAAACGCGAGAGAGGGACCAUGGAUGAUCGGGAUUGCAUAUAAUCAUGCGACAAAUGUAUAAUUGUUUCUACUUUUCUAUGCUAUUAGCCAGUAGGGACGAUCGCUGUCCGAGUACAACGAGUGAUUUCUCGGAUCAUGCGUUCGAAUCAAGUGCCAAUAGGAAACCCGCGACAAC